AUGGUCGACAUGUUCCUGCACGCCGGCGCCGGCCUUCACGGCCACCGCUACUCCUCCCAACGACCAGACCCCUCCCAACGAACAGACUCUUUCCGCCCGCACCCGCCCAAGAGAUACCCUCUCCUGCGGACGGCCCUGCGUCCUCUCGCCGCCUCCGACGCCCAUGCCGACGCCGAGGCCCGCACGGAUUCCUCGACCGAGGACUCGACCGAGGACUCGAGCCGACAACAAAGGAGGCGAUCCCUCGACGACGGCCCGCGUCCCUCGUCCCUCUCCCGCAACAACACCGUCUCCGGCACGUGGACGAGAAAGGAUCUCGCCGUCCGGUUCCGCGAGCCGCACAUGGAUCACGUGCGGACCCCCGUCGCCAGCGAGGACGAGGAUUCCCUCGCCGGCUCCCAGCUGAGCGACGGCACCGACGGCUCGCUCCAGCGCGCGAGGCGAAAGCGUGCCCCCCGACGGUCGACGCGCUUCGCCUUUGCCCACCCGGCGCCCCAGCUGCGCACGAAGCAGCGGAUGCUUAUCCAGCUGCGGCCGCGCCUGCUGCUGCAGCUCCAGGAGGUGGGCGACCGGCGUGCCAUACCCGCCUUCGACGUGGUCCCCUCGAGCCUCGUGGCCGGCACGCUCAUCAUCCCCAUGCUCGCCAAGCGGUUCCCCCGCAUGUUCCGAAGCAAAGCCGAGCUCGGCACCGACGACGUCCUCGUCGUCCGCAGCGACGACUACGGCCCCCCGAGCGCCGGUUCCUCCUUCGCGUCGCCGAGCCCGAACCGCGACGCCGACGGCCGCGACGUCUUGGCCGUCAUCAGCCCGACGCCCCAGGCCGACGCCUGCGCCGAGAUCGUGCUCGAGGACGGCUCGACCUGGACGGCCGACCUCGUAGCCGGCGGCUCCUACGAAUUCACCCACGUCGAGGACGACGGGAGCACGACGACGGCCCGCUGGGUCCGUCGAUCGUCUGCCGCCACGCGGAACAGCUCCUCGUCCCUGGGGCCCAUGCUCCCCGGCACGCCGCCCCCUCCGCUGGCCGACGAGCGCAGGUGGACCUUUAGCAUCAUCGAUCCCUCGACGAGGAGGCACCCCAUCCUCGGCUGCCUCACGCCGGACAUGGCCGAGAUAUACGACACCUACACGACGCUGUCCACCGCCAGCGGCCGCUACCCGCCCUCGCGCCCCUUUGGCACCGACGCCGCCCAGCGGGAACCCGGCUCGCCGUCGGCCGGCCCGCGGGACGAGCGCACCACCGUGGCCGUGACGGCCGCCCACAAGAGGCUCAUGCUCGCCACCGCCACCUGGAUUGGCCUGCAGAGGCAGGGAUGGCCGGCGUCGGCGAACCCCAAGUUUUCCCGCGCCGUGCCUCACUGCCGCGCCGUCAGCGUCGGCUCGGCCGCGACCCGCCGCCAGACCUUUCCGCCCGAUGGCUCUCCCCGGGGCAGCCCCUCGCCGCCGUCGGCCGACGGCCUCGUCGAGCAGCCGGCCGCGCACCAUGGUCAGCCUCACCAACGCUCCGCCGUGCCCGCGAGGACCAUGUCCACGGGGAGGGCCUUUAUGAAGCAGCGCCUCGGACGGGCCGAGCAUGCCGCCGGCCAGAAGCGCCUGUCCUCCCUGUCGCCGAGGAUGCUGUCGAGGCAGGAGCAGGAGCAGGAACCCGACGAGAAGACGCACGCGUGCCGACCGAAGAUUCGGACCUGGCUGCAGAGGCUCUUUCACCUAAGACGGGGUGCCGACAAGGACGGGGAGCCGGCCGAGGAGAUGGCCAAGCAGUCGCUGUAG